AAUCUCCGAAAAUAGUAUCGAAUAUUUUUGUACAAGUAGUGAACUUGAGAUUUUAAUUAAUCAGCUAAAUUUAUUUCUGGACCCAGAUCAAAAUGACCGCCACAGUGGACCCACGCCGACCGGAAAAAAUCAAUCGGUACAAACCGAUUGACAGUGCCAACCAGGGGGCCGGCGUCGGAGACGAUCUCAUGCCGGACUACAUGAAUAUCCUCGGUAUGAUAUUCUCCAUGUGCGGUCUGAUGAUGAAGCUCAAGUGGUGCGCCUGGCUGGCACUGUACUGUUCCUGCAUAAGCUUUGCCAAUUCGCGCGUCAGUGACGACGCCAAACAGGUGCUGUCGUCAUUUAUGUUGAGUGUGAGUGCGGUCGUCAUGUCCUACCUGCAGAAUCCGACGCCGAUGACACCGCCGUGGCAGUCGUUAUGAGCGGGCUGGGCGCCGGCAUUAAAUUAAGCCAAUUACGAAUCUGUAUCGGACGUCGUAUGCACAUCAACAUUCACACACACAA